AUGAUUAUUGCAUUAAUAGUUAUCAGUAUUAUUCUAUUAAUCAGUGGCUUAUUUAUUACUAUUUAUCUUGUUUACUAUUCAUGCUUACUAAAACAUUUCUCAAAGAAUAAUCUUAUUAAAUCUCAACAAUAUCCUUCAACACAAAUGCAAAUGAUAUCUUGUUCAACUUCUAUACCAAAUAUUUCGCAAUCUGGAAACGAAAUUACUAUCGAAGAAGCAGAACCAUCUAUAUCAGAUUCUAAAAUAAGAUCUUUAGAAGAAAGAAAUAUAAUUCCCAAUGAACUUUUUCAACAAACUGAUCCUUAUGAUGAUAAAAUGAACUUCUUAAAACUUGGCGAAAUAAUAAUCGAUCGACCACUUGGGAUUGCUUUACAACCAUUCGAUAGUAUGGGACCAGUAUUAAUGAAAUUCAAUGUAUCUGAACAACAUUGGAUACGACAUAAUAAUGAAUAA